GGAAGGCAAGGAGGCAGUUGCGGGGGAAUGGGAGCUGGGAUCGGUACCUGGCUGCGGUGAGGCACUGGCCUGGCAACAUGAAGACUAUCAUUGCUGCUUACUCGGGGGUCUUACGCGGCACUGGGUCCAGUCUCCUAUCAGCGGUACAUGACCUUCCAAAUAUCCCCUGGCUGUCCAAAUCAAGUGUGGUGAGACAUCUUCAGAUCAUCUCUGUCCUACAAUGGGUUCUCAGCUUCCUCAUAUUGGGUGUGGCGUGCACUGCAGUACUGGUGUACAUCUUCUGCACUGACCUCUGGCUGAUUGCAGCUUUGUAUCUGACAUGGAUGGUGCUUGACUGGAAUACACCAUAUAAAGGUGGCAGGCGAUCCUCAUGGGUACGGAACUGGGCAGUCUGGCGCUACUUCAGAGACUAUUUUCCAAUAAAGUUGGUAAAAACGCACAACCUCCUGCCAAGCAGAAACUAUAUCUUCGGGUAUCACCCCCAUGGAAUAAUGUGCCUUGGAGCAUUUUGUAACUUUGGAACAGAAGCCACUGGUGUGUCCAAAAAGUUUCCUGGAAUUAAGUGUCACCUGGCCACAUUAGCUGGAAACUUCAGAAUGCCUGUACUGAGGGAAUAUUUAAUGUCCGGAGGUAUAUGCCCCGUGGCCCGGGAUACCAUUGACUACAUUCUGUCCAAGAACGGAACUGGAAAUGCUGUGGUUAUUGCAGUUGGGGGAGCCGCAGAAUCCCUUAACUGCAGACCUGGGAAAAACACUGUAACGCUCAAGCAGAGAAAAGGAUUUGUGAAAGUUGCACUGCAGCAUGGAGCUGAUCUUGUUCCUGUCUACUCAUUUGGCGAAAAUGAAGCUUACAAGCAGGUCGUCUUUGAGGAGGGGUCUUGGGGAAGAUGGAUACAGAAGAAGUUUCAGAAAUAUGUUGGUUUUGCCCCAUGUCUCUUCCAUGGGUGCAGCUUCUUCUCCUCUAACAGCUGGGGGUUGGUUCCGUAUGCCAAUCCAAUAACAACUGUUGUUGGAGAACCAAUCACCGUUCCCAAGAUCGAACAACCCACCCAGAAAGAUGUUGAACUUUAUCACGCCAUGUACGUGACAUCCCUGCAGCGGCUUUUUGACAAGUACAAAACUAAGCUUGGUCUCCACGAUUCAGAAAUGCUGGAAAUUGUCUGAAUUUGUACCCUUUGCAUUCUGUUAUGUGCUUUCUGUGACAUGUACCCUGACUGUAAUAGGGGAGAGAACUAUAUUUUUGACAAUUUGUUGCUAGCAAUCACACCUGUAUGAGGUGGAAUUCUGAGGUAUGUUCAUUUGCUGAAACCAGCUGCUGUAUCGAGUCUAGUACUUUAGGCUAUGCUCUCUACAGAACUGGUUUUCAUGAUGACGGAAGUUGUUGUGAUGGGUCUGCCACCUGCCUUCUGUACAGAUAUAGUCUUGGGGAUCUUGCUAAACCAUGUUUCUGCCGCCACAUUUGUGACCUGCUAAAAGUAAAAAGUACACAUGUAGAUUUGUUUAUGGCCCAGUCUAUAGUAGAACAUAUCUCCUACGUGUGAGUCUUCUGAAAGCUUUAACUUACUUUGCUCCAUCCAAAUGCAGUUGCGCAGCCAGAGAUUCAGAUAAAGGCCUCGCCAUUUCUACACUUCACCCAAUAUACAAUGUACAUAAUCUCACUAUUCCUCCAACUGUCUGGAAAUAAAGUAAUAUUAGGGUGAAGACGUACAGAGCUGAUCAUUUACUGAUAAUUGCCUCUGCAAAAAAAGACAGUUAUCAGUAUUGUCUAUGGCAGAGUAGUUCCUGGCAUUUAGUAGCUGCUACUAAGUAGCUCUGUAUGUCUUCACCCUUAUCCUGCUGUCACAACUUGGUUCCUUGUCCAGUUACAAGCUGUUCCCAGUCUGGGCUUUUGUUAAGGAAUGGAUGGUGGCUGUAUAUCUAUAAUCCCCUUCUCCCACAUUUGGUGGAAAGAAAGCGUAGGGGGGGGGAAAAGAGGGUGUGUCUGUUCUUGGAGCAGAGGUCCACUUUGCACAACUGUACCUAGGUUUGGGCCCUAUAUGUUAUAAGCUCCCAAGUACUUUCGUGAAAAAAAAAAAAAAUUCUCUUGCUGGAGGUUGCACAGACUUUUAACGUAGCAAAAAGAUCUUUCUAACGCUUUUCACAUUCCCUAACUCGAAACAACACUUCACAGUUUUAUACACCAUUUUCACAUGGGUACAGGAUUUAUAGAAUGCAGAAGACACAUUCCCUUUAAAAAUAACUCUUAUGGUAGGUUUAUUACACUGGUGUGGUUAAGGAACUGGGUAACAAUAUCCCACCAAUAAGAAACAGAAGAAGGCUUGACGGAAUUCUGUUCUAAUAAGCACAAUGCCAUUGGCCACCUCCUAUGUACUGAAAAGUGCAAUUUCUAAGAUCUGGAAUCUGCCUUCCUAAGAGUGGUAGAAGAAAUGUAUUUUGGAGACUGUAUUUAAUCACCCGCUUGCUUCACUUACCUUCAUCCCAGUUGUAGGAUGUUGGUGGGGUCAAUGUAGUUGAAGUGCCUUCACCGGAAUCAGCCGCAACUGUAUCUGUAUACUUGUCUGCGUAAGUGGUAAAAGUACUGUAGGGAACUCUAACUCCCCCAAAGUGUAAGAAUGACUAAAGGUUUCUAUCCUCAAUGCAUCUAUCUUACCUUCUGCCAACUUUCCACCUACCAGUAAAAUGCUGGCGUCCUAUUUCAUGUUUAACUCUGAGCCAUCCAACCGUUCCCAAGCAGAAAAAAAGGUGAAGCGCCCUGAAGGAAAAAACAAGAUAAGUGUUAAUGAUUCAGAUUGGAAACUAGACUUUAUUAAAUAACUUUUUAUGAAGAAUCGGAAGAUCAAGAACAGGAUGGAGUAGAUCCAUUUGAAUUGGACAGCCUUAUUCUAAUCGCAUAAUGAUAUUAGUAAAAGAUAGGCCUAAAGCACAAAGAUGUUUUUAUAAAGCACAACCAAUGCAAUUUGGUGGUUUAGCCCCUUUUUUCUAGGCGUGAAAAUCAAAAUGGAUGUAACUAAUUCAUAAAACCCCCCACUAUUCAGCUGUAAGAAUGUGUUCAGUUAUCUACUGAAUCAUCAUCUCAGUGUUACUUUUAUUUUUUAUCUGUUUUAAGUGGGUUGGAAUAAAAUGGGGAAAGUGCAAUUUUA